AUUUUGCAAACUUUAUAUAACAAAUGAGUGUUUUAUAUGAUGUGAUGGGGGCCAACAGCAUUAUACACCGAUUAAACUCACUUACUUACUGAAUCAACAAAUAAUGAACAAACAAGCCAUUUCCUCAGUCUUGGAGAUGGUCAACAUGACGUCACAGCUGUCCCCUGGCCCCAUGGAGUGCCGAGAUGACCACAGGGGAGGCUCAACCUUCACCACUCUGGCCGCAAUAUUCUUCUCAAUUAUUGGCGCGCUGAUGAUCGCGGGCACCGUAGUUGACGUCGUUUUCGUCCAGUGGCCAGCCUGGGAGGCUGAGAGAGUCAAGUCACGUGGUUCCCCCCACGAGGAAAGCACGCCGUUUGAAGGACACGAACCCAAAAAAUUGGGGCGAGACAAGCCGGGACAAGAGGACUGGGUAGGGGGGACGUCUGCUCUCUUGGGGCGAUCCAUGAACUAUGCACCGCCGAGUCCAUUUUGGGGUGAGUAAGGGAAAAAUGACGAUUUCCUUUUUCCUUCCUCUGGUAUCCUUAGGAUGGCGAGGGGAGGUGCAGGUUUGGGUCAUGUGCUAAAUGUGUGGCGUCUGUGAUAGACAUGUCAUGUUGUUCUAGGACUUUAAAAACCCCAUCCAGCCAGGCCUUUCUUAGUCUUCCUCUUGAUUUGAAGCCGGAUUCACGGGUGUGGUAAGCUCUU